AUGCUCAUAAAUCGCCUACUAGCCACAGGUUCUUCAAAAUCUUUCGUUGAGCCUUGUUUGCCGGGAGAUUAUAUUUGCCCUCGCCCCUGUACAUUUUUGUUAUGUGCAGCCACAUCCUCCUGA